AUGAAAGCAAAGCCCAUGUCCGAUGCAGCAGAUGAUUUGCCUCAGGAUGAGGUAAAAAGGAAUAGUAAAAAUAUUGAAAAAUCGACGGAAAGAGAGAAAGAUUCCAUCGAAAAUACGCCAAGUCCUAAGCGAACCGAGUCUUCUACUCAAGAUGAGGAAAUCAUAUCAAAACAGCCAACGGUUCGACAAUCGUAUGUUCAGUUGCAAAACAGUGGAAAGGUUGCAGCCCUCGUAAAGAUUCUUGAAGGUCGGUCAUCGCAACCAUAUCGAACAGAAAAAGAAGAUGAGCUCGAUUCCACAACCCGUUUGCAGAAAUGCAAAGAAACUCAAUCGUUUUCUAAAGGGGCGACUAUGGAUUUUCAAACUUGGGAGCCGGUAAAACUUGCAAAAUCGAACAUCCCGACUGAUUCUAGUAAUCCAGAUGCGUAUUUUUACAGCCAGUUGCCUUUUACUAAAAAGCCCAACCAAUACUCUUGUUGGAAGACACACUGUGAACUGUCUACAGAAAGUUCAUUAACGGAAAAGGACGAGUCUCGGUUGAAGAAGCCAAAAGCCAGAACUGCACCCUCUUUCGAGUUAUCCUUACAAAAGUCUACCUGUUCGAAGACUGCCAAAAAUACCAAACCUUGGCCGCCGGUCAGGCUUGGAUCAACUCCAACGGGACCAAUUCGAGCUGCCUUCAAACCUACACCUUUCGUGGAAAUAAGUCAAAUGGUCUACGACCAGCCGCCCUCUGGAAAUUUCGCCACCGAUUCAAAUUUUGAUAGCCAAAGGGACAAGCCAACAGACCAUUCCCUAAACACCCAGCACCACGAGAUGUCUGGUGCACAAACAGAAUGGAUGAACAUGAAAGAACAACACCAGUUCACUUUGGUGGAUCGGAUCCGUCAACAAAAUGAGGCAUUCAAUAGAGAAGAAACACUAGACGUCCGCAGAGUAGGUCUAACUGAUAAGGAAGUAAUGCAAAAACCUACCAAUGAGCAUCAGACUGUUCCAACCACUAAUAUCCAAGCUCGAUUAUCUGGUGAGUUCAGGGAUGAAAACGUUCUCCAAUUGGGUUUUAAAACUGCACAAGUCUGA